GCCCUUUCAGUGGCUUUUUUUGGCUGCGGAGAGUGCUUGAGAAAAUAAUCAGGAUGUUGGACAAUCUCAGCAGAGGCAUCAUCUCUUCUCCAGACGCCAACGUAGCCCAUAAAGGAAGAUACAUUUAUUUGGAGGUUUUUCUUCAAGGAGGAGCUCCGUGGGGAUUUACUUUGAAAGGCGGACUGGAGCACGGGGAACGAUUAAUCAUCUCCAAGAUUGAAGAAGGAGGGAAGGCAGAUUUACUGGAUGCCAAGCUGCAGCCUGGAGACGAAGUGGUGAACAUCAAUGAAGUGGAGCUAAGUAGUUCCCGGCGGGAAGCCAUCUCCUUGGUAAAAGGCUCGUACAAGACACUGAAAUUGGUUGUCCGCAGAGAUACUUUUGCAGCGUACGGACAGACUGGCAUUACAGCUUCCCGUUCCCGCAGUUCAGAGUGUCUUGGGUCUGACUUGCAAUACAUUAAGACAGCAUGGCCAAGCGGAUUUAAGCUACGGCUGAAGAACAGGCGAAGCGAUCCUGGGGGCCGGCCGCACUCUUGGCAUUCAGCCAAAAUCCCAGAGAACCCACCCGAUCUCAGUAUGAUGCAAAUAUCUCAGGGCAUGAUUGGCGCUCCUUGGCACCAAGCCUACCAUUCCAGCUCCUCCACAAGCGACCUAUCCAGUUAUGACCAUGGCUAUCUGAGAAGAAGCCCUGACCAGUACAGCUCCAGGGGUAGCAUGGAGAGCCUGGACCAUACUCCUGCAGGGUACUCCCAUCAAACCUACCACCUGUCACCAGCCAAAUCCACCAACAGUAUCGACCAACUUCCCCAUCUCCACAGCAAGAGGGAUUCUGCGUACAGCUCUUUCUCCACCAGCUCCAGCACGCCCGAGUAUCCAGUGCCUACCUUCUGCAAGGAACGGUCAUACUCCAUGGAGAAUGUGCAUUCCCGGGUGAGGCCGCAGGAAGGGGGGAUGCGACAGGCGGAUAUUAGGUACAUUAAAACGGUCUACAAUGCCCAGCGAGGGGUUUCAGAGGAAUACGAGGUGAAGUCUUCCGGUCUUUCGCCUAGCGGUGAGGCCCAGGCUAAAGGUUACACCUCCAGCCGGUUGCAUGGCUACAGCAGAGGCCCACCAACCCGGAGUUCGUCUGACAGUGAGAGCCAGUACGUGAAAGGGCCUCCCAUGCCGCCGACCCGUAGCGAUAGUUAUGCAGCGACGAGGCACCACGACAGGCCCAGCUCUUGGUCUAGUAUCGAUCACAGAAAGCCAUGUAGGACUCAUUCCAAAGGUGUCUGGCCUCACCUGGGCCCAGGUACCCCUUCUCCUUUGGGGCAGCUCCAGAAAUCUGCAUUCCUCGAAGGACAGCUCCACACAGUGAUGGAGAAGAGCCCAGAGACCAGCCCCACUAUGAAGCCCAAGCAGGUAUAUACGCAGGCAGCUCAACCGGGGCAGUUUUUGCUUCCCACUGGCGUUUAUCCUGUACCUUCUCCCGAACCACAUUUUGCCCAGGUCCCUCACCCUUCCGCAAGCAACGCUGGGAUGGUUUACCCGGCGCUUGCCAAAGAGCGCGGGUACGCACCGGCCCCUGCUUCUUCUCCAGACUCCUAUGCAAAGGCGACAGCCUGCAGUCAACAUUCUAGCUUGGAUGUGAAUGGAAACCAAAGCAUUCCGAACAAGACUGUUGUCUUCUAUCAUCCUGAAUGCGUGCCACUGACAGCGGGGAAGAAGAAGGAUGCGGGCGACCCAGCUGCAAAGUUGGCCUUGUACAGAUCGCAUCCUCAGGCCUACCCAACUUCUCCAAGGCAGGAUGAGUCAGGGCCCUCGUAUAUGGCAUCACCCAUAAUCCAGGAAACCACAAGAAAUGCACAGUCUGUCAACUACAGCUCUCAGCCGUGGCUGUCUCACCUGAGGGAUGGGGGUGACAGCAAAGGUGUCUAUGGGGCAGGAGAGCACCCAGAGGAGAAGAACGCCAAGUCGCAGAAAAGCGAGAGAGAUCCCACAGCACAAAACCAAUGGAGCUCCAGCAAGGCCAAACAGUAUCGCUUUUCGUCUUUGCAAAACAUCCCAGAGAGUACUAAGUUGCAAAACAACUUGGAUCCAAAGGAGCUGGAACAAUGCCGAAGCCGCUGUGAUGCCAAAUGGCAUUUUGUGAACAAUGGCCCAGCAGAGAGAGACUGUCAUAGGCAGAUCCCUGAGUACUGGCAGGAUAGACAAUGGCAGGCCGUGGAAAGACACCACGAUGGAUUUUCGGGCACGGAGCAUGUCCGUGAACGGAUCCACAGUGCAGAGCCAAAGUACGAUGAGCCUUCUUCUCAACUGCACCCAAAGACAUCAGAUUUCAGCAUUCGCCGGCAUAGUUCUAGCAGCUCCCAAAGCUUCCAGAGCACCCAGAAUGGGAAAAUGGAGUCUAGAAAGGCCCGUUGUUCUGUUCUGGAGAAGGUCAGCAAGAUAGAGCAGCGUGAACAAUGCCACCAGAGGCCUCAGAGUAUGAGCGUGAACAGUUUUGGCCAGAACUAUGGGUCAAACAAGCCCGGCCUUAAUACCAUCGAGGACAUCCAAAACCUACAUAACUCUCAAGAGCACGGCCUGUUGGUGGGUGAACACUGCAAGCUAGCCAGUAGCACUCCCUCAGAAUUGGUCCCCUAUAUGCAAUAUCCUAGUGAGAAAGGGGUCAAUGCACCAGAGAGGGCUAGCUGGCAUUCUGCGGAGCAGCAGACGGGAGCAACAACUGCGGUAGCGGUGCCGACGCGGCAGGGCGUCUACCACAGUGGGCUCACCGAAAAUGAGCCUCCAAAACAGGCGCCACAACUGCAGCGGAGCAGAAGCACAUUCCAGUUGAUGGACGAGCCCGAGAGGGAAAUCUUAUGGAAGGGCAACGUCCAGGACUUGAACGGAUUACAGCUGGAUACCCCCUUCAACAGGGCUUACAGGAACAGCAUAAAAGAUGCCCAGUCGAGGGUCCUGAGAGCCACAUCCUUCAGGCGCAAGGACCUCAAUAUCAGCCCUUCCUUUGGAAACGAGCCCAAGAGGAGUGUCCAUCGGCCAGCUUCGGCGCACAUUGGGAUGAGGAGCACAGCGGCAUCUCCUCAUACCCCGAAGGAGAGACACAGCAUCACUCCGAUGGAGACCAAGCUGGGUUAUGGCCACAAAGAGAGUCUUCCUGGACCUCUUCACGUACCCCGCAUCGGGGGCAGAAAGCGCCUGACUGCGGAGCAGAAGAAAAGGUCUUACUCGGAGCCAGAGAAAAUGAACGAAGUAGGCGUGUCCGACAGCGAGCUCUCGCCCUUCUCUCUCCAGAAGAAAGGCCUCCAUUUUGUUUUCCCAGAGAACACAGUGGCGGACCGGCGCAAGAUCUUUGAGAGGGAGAGCAAGGCUUGCUCCACCAUCAGUCUUUCCAAACCGGAGCUGAAGCAGCUACAGCAAAACGCCCUGGCUGAUUACAUUGAACGCAAAACCGGGAAACGUCCUUCUUCUGCGUCACAGGACACCAGCCUUGUGCACGAGGGCUCCCAGACCCCGUACCUGCAAACCGGUGCUCCAGAUGACCAGUCUCUGUCAUCGGCUUCCAGCAUGAAUUCUCUGCAAGAUCUGAGUCUGUACCAUUGUAGGGAGUCCCUAGAGCGGGUCUCCAAAACUGGGCAUGGCUUUGCUACCCUCCCCCCUGGGCUUAUGGGCUGCUUCGACCUGAGUGGGUUCGAGAGCAAAAAGGAGACCCCGAACAGCAGCAACGGCAGCUCUUUUCCCAAUUACUUGAAAACAGACCGGCGUCAGGAUCCAAGAGCUAAUCCAGAGCUGACUAAAGGCACUCAGACGGAUCAAUUGGACAAGUGCACCCAAACGUACUGUGACAACCGAGCUCCAAAGAAGAAUCCCGCAUACCCCAAGAAGCCUGGGAAAGCAGCGUCGGCAGAGGACUUGCUUGACAGAUUGGAUACCCAGGCAGUCGCCGUGCAUGUUCGAUCCAGGUCAUCUCCUACAGCCGAUAAGAAAUGUCGGGAGUUGCUGCUGGGAGACAGAGCCGAGUUCAGCAAUUUUGUGAAAGAUCCUUUCUGUGUGGUGGAUGCUGAUGCACGAUUUUGGGGCAGUCAAGAGAGAAGUCAGAUGGAGAAAACAGCGUUCCCAUGCUACUAUCCUCACCCUCGGCAUAGCGGCGGGAGUGUCAGUAAUGCGUCACUGCUGAACGAUGGCCUGAAAGCCCCGGAUCUUCUCAAACAUCUCAGCAGAACAUCAGCAUUUGCCCCACUGCCAGUGGAUACAAAUAAUCCUUGCCCUGAUCCUAAGCUAAGCUCCAGGCAGGUUAUUCCUUCCAGAUCAGGUCGGUCCUCAACAACCAAUGCCGGGAAUUCCACGCCAGCUCUUGCGAAUUGUCAGGCUGUUGGAGAAGGCCAAGAAACAAGAUGGCAGCCCAGACUUGACAGGGAUGACAGUGGUAAAAUUCAAGGCCAAGUUCUGGACAACAGCGAGGGUCCUCUCAAAGAUUCUACAGAAGAAAACCCUUGGAGAUGGAAGGCUGCUGUUCCUCAAAGACACCUCCCAACUAACGCCAAAUGGGUUCAUUUGGCCAAAGAUGACGGCGACCCAAAGAACUUCAUAUCUCCUCAGGCAUCUGGACAGAAGGCCUUCCAACGGUGGCAAAGCCUUCCCUCACAGAGCAGUUCUACGUCUGAGCCAGAGACUCUUCCUGGCCAAGGAAGACUCUCGCUCCGCAUCUCGGAGUCUUACUUACAGAUGACCCCUCCACCAUUCCAUCGGGAAGAAGAUGACGACGACGUUUUCAUCCAAGAGACAGAGCCUCAUGCUGCCAUCACUGAAUCCAAGCAUUCAUCCCCUCUGCUUCCACCUCCACCUCUACUUCCUGUGUGGAGUACCAGCACUAUGGAAACCACCACAGUGGAAUUCCCACCUUCUCCUGUUGCUACACUGGAACUGGACAAAUCAGCCAUUGACAAAGUGGCUAGUCUUGGAGAGAAGGCGUCACCGAAAAGAAACUUUAAAAGGUUUUCCAGGAGCACCAGUGAGACUGAGAAAGUAGGAUCAAACACCACCAUCAGCAAGAGCAGUUGGGUUGCUCCAAUCUCACUUAGGACCUCAGGAUCCAAAGGAAACGGCUUUACGCCUUCCCUGGAAGCACAAGAGCAGCCACCAGCCAUUGGAGAAUCUGCAGUUGAAGCACCCAUCAGUCAGACUAGAGAGCCCAUCAUUGUAAACAAGGCAUACGAAAACUGUGGGCUCAACCCCAAGAGUUUCUCAGAGAAGCAGAAGACUUCAGAGGACAUCAAGGAAGAGGCCUUGGCAAAGGAGAUCGUCUGCAAGGACAAGUCACUGGCUGGCAUCCUGGAUCCGGGUGCCAAGAUGAAGACCACCAUGGACUUGAUGGAAGGGAUAUUCCCUAGCAGAGCCAGGAUGCGUAAGGAGAAUAAAAGGAUGAAGGCUACGCAGAAAUUGACAGCAGGUCACCCUGAGGAUGAUAAGAGAGAAGAGAAGGAAGCAGCCACCUCCUUGGUUCCCUGCCCUGCUUACUUCAGCGUGUCUGCGCCCAAAGCUGAGCUCCUGAACAAAAUCAGAGAUUUGCCGGAGGAGGCAGGUGGGGACGAGGAACAAGUGGAUGUUAACGAGAAGAAGGCUGAACUCAUUGAGAGCUUGUCCUGCAAGCUGGAGACUUUGAAAGAAGCCAAGGAGAGCCUGCUGGCUGACGUCAAGCUGAACAACGCCUUGGGAGAGGAAGUGGAGGCGCUGAUCAGCAGCUCGUGCAAGCCCAACGAGUUUGAGAAAUACAGGAUGUUUAUCGGAGACCUAGAUAAGGUGGUGAGCCUGCUGCUUUCGCUCUCGGGACGGCUGGCCAGGGUGGAGAACGUGCUCAGCAGCCUUGGCGAAGACGCUGAUCCUCAGGAACAGAGCUCUCUGAACGAGAAGCGGAAGAUGCUGGCUGGCCAGCACGAGGACGCCCGGGAGCUGAAGGAGAACCUCGACCGGCGAGAGCGGGUGGUCCUGGACAUUUUGUGUAGUUAUCUCUCGGAAGAGCAGCUUCAGGAUUACCAGCAUUUUGUGAAGAUGAAAUCCGCACUGCUCAUAGAACAGCGGGAGCUGGACGACAAGAUCAAACUGGGACAGGAGCAGCUCAAGUGCCUUCUGGAGAGUUUGCCCGUAGACUACGCCCCUCGGAGCAAAAAAGCAACGGAGACCCCGGCACCCGCAGGGACCUGCAACAAUAGCAAUAGACCUCUACCACCAGCGUCUUCACUCUGACCUUACCCAGAUGGGUCUUCAUCGAACUCUUCUUCUUGAAUUUAUUUAAUCAGAGACAGCUUUUAAUCUUUUUUUUAAUUGACAGCAGGUUUAAUUCAUUUU